CGUCGCGAUUCGGACCUUCUCUCCCAAGGAACGGUACACAGUGGCGCUCCAGCAGUGGCAUCUUCAGUGUCACGUUGGUGUGCGUACGGUGUGGUGGACAACUCCUGGAAUUUCACGUACAUAAAUUUAAUGUUGCGACGAGGAAGAACGGCGGAUGGAAGGUAGGACACAUGAGAGCGAGAGCGCGUGGGACGAGCGGUUCACGUCGUGAAGUGAACGAUCUGUGGAGAGAUAGCUGGGUCCACAACAACGCGCGCGGUGGCCUCUCUCCCGCUCCGCGUUCCGGGUCGGGUCCGGUGUGACAAAACCCACUCGGUGGGUGGGAGUUUGGGUGUGCGGUGAUUGUAUAGCACCAGCCAAGGCACGACGACGUCCUCCUAUGCGGUGCUGGUGUUUAGUCUUGGUUGUUUUAUGCUCACGUUCGCCUCAUCGUCAUCAUCGGUAUCAUCGUCAGUAGCGACGGCGGUGGCGGCAACGGCCCCAGAAGAGAUGUGCUGUUUUGGUUGAUGAUCGUGUGUACUGUAGUAGAAACACGGAGUGGAACACGGAACGGCGUGGCGUGGAUCUUAUCCACAGCAACAGGAGAGCGAGAGGACGGGUAUUGCAGAGUGGCCGUUCGGAUACUCCAACGACAACGACGACGACGACGACGUGCGCUCUCCACUGGUGUUGUUGUUGUCUUCGAGUUCUCGACUCGAAAGGAGUCACCGCGCGCGCCAACAGCCAACCAACCAACCAGUCAGCCAGCCACGACACAAGACGGUGUGAUAUAACGUUUUUGGUCGGACCUAGCACAUUAGAUGCAAACGGACUGUCGCGAAGUGAGGAUGUCAAAGUAGGAAGCGUUAUUUGCGAAACAAUUGCGAUUCCGCGCGGACACCCGGUUUGACUUCGUUCCAAAGUCAAUCGCCAGUCUGGGUCAAGUGUCCACACACGGUUGACCUCGGGCAGCACAUUCGGAUCCAACAAUCAAAAUUCAGUGAUUUAGCUAAAAUCUACAAACCAUACCAUAGCAGUACUAACGUCAAUCAAAACUUACCACACUACGAUGCAAUUGGAAUACGGAGUCCCAAAAUUUCGGAACCCUCGGUGAUCAAAUAUCUUUAAACAAAAACAAAAACAAGUGCAGAAAAAAAGGUCAAGAUGCGUUUAUGUGCGAGGUAACUUUUUUCGCUGCUAGUGAUUCAGUAGUGAGUCCUUCCGCUAGGAUACGCCUGUCUGUUCUCCACAACGAGAAACAGUUGUAAUUCAACGCUUGUUUCGACCGAGAAAAAAAAAUUCUACCUAGACCGGAAGACAACAACAAAGUGUCUGAAGUGGAGGAAAAUCGGCGUGAUUGUUUGCGUGUGAAAGCGAGGGGAAAUUUCCCUAGAAACUUUUUUUUAUUUUACUGGUGGGUUCCGCUCAAGAGCAAAAAAAAACAAAAAAGAUCCCGUUGAAUCUGUGAAUGAAAAACUACCCGAGAUAAUUGAGUCACAGAAGGAACCUCAAAGGAAGAUACCGUGAUAAAUAUUUGGAGAAAAAAAAACACCCAACGGUGCUAAUUGUUCGGAGUUCCCUUCUGGUCGAGUAGACCUAUGUAGUCGAGAAACCCGGAACGAGAGCGUUUGAUACCAACGGAAAAAAGUGCGCUUCGUGUUUUACUACGUUCGCGGAAAACGCGAGAAAAAGUUCGCGAAAAAUCAGCUGGUGGUGUGAAAAAAAAACCGUAGAAAAGAAAAAUAGCAGUGCUAGUAAAAGCGAGCUACCGAAGAAAAAAAAAACACAAUCCUGAGUGUCUGUGUGUAAAAAGGACGACGUGCCCGGCCGGAGCAAGGCCGGAAGAACAACAAUCCUGCCAAAAUGAGAAUUAAAAUGCCAGCUGUUCGGAUCGCACAAGAUUCAGACACCGGCGAAUCUGAAGGCACUCAAGAUAUCCUAACAUGCGGGUCCUGUCAGAAAACGUUCGCCCUCUCCGACAUUGUGCGAUUCAUCCAGCACAAAGUGCUGCAGUGCAACAAGGAAAAUUAUGGUCAAUGCUACUCUCAAGCAGCGGCCGGUGACAGGGAUUCGGACGAUGGUCGACCGUUGACGGUGGCCAACUCGAGGCGACCUUCGAUUUCGGCUCCCAUCACGGUGCGGAAAUCCAGCGGGUCCCGGGUGCACACACCUCCACCGACCAGUCCGGCCGAAAUGUUGCGGGAUGGCGCCUCCAGUACGCCGAAAAGGCUUAACGAAGACACGGAAACUGCCUGCUCCACCCGUUGUCCCUCAACCGCUAGCCCCCUUGGUACCAGCGGCAGUGGCAGUGGCGCCGAGGACGAAGAUCCCAGCAAACGGACCGCCACCACCGCCACACCCGACGGUACGGCGGCAGCAAUCGAAAUCAAACAGGAACAACCCGAGUCGGACGCGAUCAAUAACAUAGAUGACCGGUCGUCGCAAAACGAUGGAGAACCUGUGCUGAAAAAACCCCGCACCAGCACCACCGAAGUGGUGGACGCUGAGUCCAACACAACCAGCAGUGAACCUAGCAACUAUGUCUGCAGUACGUGCAAAACCAAAUACCAUUCCGCGUGGCGGCUGGUGCAGCAUGUCCAGCAUGCCCACCGAGUAAAGAUCUACGAGGUUUCGCUGAUUGACGACGAUGACGAGGAGGAGAAUAAUAAAAAGGCGCGGGAAAGAACGGGGAAUGAACGCGCUGAUACCAGCGAAAACAACCAGGCGGAAGCAGAUAAUGACGAUGCUUCUCCGGUGGCCAACGAGCCGGAAUCGUUGGUUCAAAGCGGAAAAUCUAGUUCCAUGAACAAUCUUAGUGGUAGCUCCAAUUGUUCAAGCAAUAACACGAGCAGCAGUUCCCGGGGAAGUGGAAUCAAUUUGCUACAGAAUCAGUUGCAACUUCAGCAACAGCAACAACAACAACAACAGCAGCAGCAGCAACAACAGCCUCCUCGUGAUUCUCAGAGUCUUCCACCCCCCGGUUUGAGACAUCACCCUCUUCUUCCUCCACCAGAAAUGCACCCGAAUCCAUUUGGUCUAUUGCGAAUGCCAAUGAAUCACCACCCGCACAGUCCGCUAUUUGGCCGCGGUCACCAUGACUUUCGCAUGGAACACCUUAUGUCCGAGCAAUUUCGCAACCAUGGUCUCAAUCUUGCAGCAGCUGCAGUCGCAGCGGCGAACCAACUGAAAUCCCACAACCAACAAUUUAACACCGGAAAUACCGUAGUGGAGCGGCCGCCCUCAUCGGGUAGCAUAUCCCUGCCAGGAACCACUCCCGCCGGUCUUGUUUUGGAACCACACAUGGAUUUUUACUCACAGCGCUUGCGGCAACUCGCGGGUACUACCAGUCCCGGGACUAACCCCAACACCUCCAAUUCUCCCAGUCCCCGCAAGCAACACUCCCCUUCCUUCGCCAGUCCCUCCCCAUCGCAACUACCACCCACACCGUUGACAAACAACUCCCGACCUCAAAGCCUCACACCACCGGAGAAGCACACCGAGUUGGGACUGGAAUCCGGAACGAUCACAAACACUCCCCGAUCAGCUUCGACACCUCCGAACAAGCAGAGCCAAAGUAAUGACGCUUUUCAUUCGUGUGAGUUUUGUGGCAAGAAGUUUCGUUUCCACAGUAACUUGCUCGUGCAUCGCAGGACGCACACCGAAGAGCUUCCGUUCAAGUGUACCAGUUGCGAUUUUUCCUGCAUGGAUGAGCAAAAACUACAACAACACAUGAAAAAGCAUGGUAACCCAAACGAGGACGCUGCCAGUGGUCCGGAAUCGUUGGAUUCCGACAUGGAGGACUCGGAUAACGAGCUUAUGGAUGCAGAGGAUGAUCUCGAUGAAGAAGACAAUGAGGACGAUCAGGAUGACAUGCUGGGUGAGGAGGCAGAAGAUUUAAGCAUGAGCAGCACCCAGAGUCAUGCCAAGAAGGACGGACAGAUGCACAUGUCGUCAUCGCUGGUCGGUGAACUGAUGGACAAGUUUGGACUGUCCAACAUUGCCCAGUAUUCUGAGGCAUACAAACAAGCCCUACAGGAGUCGGGAAACGCAUUGAAGCUGCAGCUGACAAGUAAAGAUCGAGAUAACAACAAUAGCGCCAUGGCCAUCCCCGGAUUGGCAGAGAAGUUGAAUGGACUUCCGGCCGCGCUACGGAUCAAAGAGGAACUAGCGAAGAACAUGCUGCAGCACCAUAAUCCCCAACUUCCACAAGUUCCUCUAUUCAAUCCGUUCGAGAACCCUUUCGAGGCAUCCAAGCGUAUGAAACUGGAAAGCGGCGAAAGCUGGUGGAACAUCCCCGGCCUUCACCGAAACGAUUCUCUUUUCGAAAACCUCAAACCAGGUCGCGAUCGAAGUCAUCACGGAGGUCUCCUGCAACCCAUGAUGAAAAAAGAGAACAAACAUCGCAACGACACGUGCGAAUACUGCGGCAAGGUGUUCAAGAACUGUUCCAAUCUUACCGUUCACCGGCGAAGUCACACCGGUGAGAAGCCUUACAAAUGCGAACUAUGUUCCUAUGCGUGUGCGCAAAGCUCCAAACUGACACGACACAUGAAAACCCACGGCCGACUCGGCAAAGACGUUUAUCGGUGUCGCUUCUGUGAAAUGCCGUUCAGUGUUCCCUCGACGUUGGAGAAGCACAUGCGAAAGUGUGUUGUUAAUCAGGGUAAACUUCAACAGCAGCACGCUCAACAACAGCAACGAGAGCUUCAGCAUCUGCAGCAUCAACAGCAACUUCAUCAUCAGCAACAAAUUGCCGCCCAGCAACAACUGGCCGCCCAACAGAUGGCAGCUGCUGCAGCGGCUCAACAAGCCGCCGCCGUCCAGCAACACCAACACCGGGAACACAUGCAACAACAAAUGCAACAGUCAACGCCGCAACCUCCACGAGAUAUAUCCAUAAUUCCAGUGUCCCCACCACUACCACCGCAGCUGCCGUCUGGUUUAAUCCUGCCCCCACUGCCCGUUCCACCGAUCGUAUCCCUAACGGAGCAUCAGGAACGUACCGCCACCCCCUCGAACGGCAGCAAUCAUGCCACCCCCAUGGUCAAGGAGGAAGCAGCAACGGCAUGACUUUACCCUCCCUGGAGUGGUUAUGAACUGCCCCCGAAUCGCAUGAUGUCCAGAAUCUACUAGGAAAACCGGACGGAAGGUACGAGAUCUUUUGCUCGCAGUGCGGGUAACGAUCUUCUAAAUUCGGUUCAGCUUUUCGAACAGUGACAUCCACACCGGCAAAUUUUCCUCGUUUGUUUAUGACAUUGCAACCCGGUAACAUAAACAAAGAAGGAUAAUUGGUGGAAAAGAAGGACAUACGCAUACACACAAGCAGAUUGUUUUACGAAGAAAUCAGAGGCAUUAAUACCAAAGUUUAAAAGCGAGAAAACACAAUUAUUAGAAAAAGAUUUUUUAUUUCUCGAUUUUGUAAAUAGUAGACAGUAAGGCAAGAAAGGCAUUUAAUUUAGUUAAUGAAAAUGAUAAAUUAUUCCCCUUAACCCUCACGAGAGAAAGAUUGUAGCGACUUGUACAUUUUUUCCGGUUUUGGUUUAAGAGAAAAAGAAAUAAAAAAAUAAAUUUUAAAACCAACAUUUGGAAAUGUAACAACAAACACUGAGCGAAAACGUCACAUUCAAACGAUGAACGAAAAUUAAAAUCAAGUUCAACCGAUUAGUCGGCUGUAAACCGAUCUUGUUGUCGAUUAUGAGCGGUCUAGUUUUUGUUGUAGCUUUUGGGAAGCUGAUAUACUUUGCGCCCGCAACCAUUUUGUCUCAUAUUCCUGUAAAAAAAAAACUGUUUAGACUAAUUGAAAAAUGUGACAAAACUAUUUCUAUAUGCGUUUCAUUUGUUCGGUUUCACCUCUAUUUAGCAGUUUUUUUUCUGUUGGUUAGCGUCUUUUGACACUUUUUCGAUUCUUCGAGGUUAUGUUUCCCCUGUUUGUAUUUGUAAAUAAUAGUGACACCCAAAGGUCAUCUGUAAUAUACAAUAAAAUUCCAACCGCAGGCAAAUAGUUUUUUUAUCUGCUAGAUUGUACGUUAAGACUGAUCUAUUUUCUCUACGUUUUCUAGUGUAAUCUUUAUUAGAUUAUUUUUAUUGGAUCUCUUAUUGGUUAUAAAUUGGAUGCAUUCUAUAGACACUCCUCCUAGAUCAAUUUUGCAGGGAGGAAUGCCUAUAAAAUCUUCAAACCUGUGCCCGAAAAACACCAAAUUGUUUAUCUAAUUUUAACUAAUGUAAAAUUACCCCUAUUUUCCCGAACAAAAAUCAGUUUUCUUUUCGGUUUCGAUAGAUUGACAUUCCCAGAAUAUAAAAAACUUUCCUGAACUUUUAAUGGAGAAAGACAGAUAAAGGCAUUUGGAUUCAGCACCAUCAUUGCUGGAGAAAAGUAUAGUCAGUUGAUUUUAACUUUUAAGACAAGCAAGAUAAAAAAAUAAAAAAACAAGAGAAAAGAAAAUCACACGAAGAUUCCUAUUAAACAUUAUGAAUUUAUGUAAAUGUACAAAUUGAACCUAAGUAUAAAACCGGCGGGAAAAAUCAAGUAAUAAAAUUUAAUGAAAAAGUAGUAAUUUAUUUAAUGAGGGGAAAAACUCGGUAACAAUAAUAAACAACAAAAAAUUCACAAGUUUAAGAGUAGAUUAUUGAAAGAAACGAAAUCAAGAAAAACGGAAACCGUGCACAUACAGGCAUUAUACAACUCUCACAUAGACAAACACUGAAACGCAUACUUAUUACACACAAACUAAAAACAAAUACAAUAUUUAAUCGAAGUGAAAAAUCCCAUUAUUGUAUUUAAUGCAAGAAUAGUGAAAUAACGGAAAAAAAGAUCAGAAAACAGAAAAAUACAAGAAAACCUAUAUUGUAUAACGAUAAUAAAACGUACUUAAAGAA